AUGAGCAAAGAUCAGGCACAUAAUGAAUUCUUAGCGUUCAAGAGCGUUAACCAUCCCGGAAUAGUGACCGUCAUCGAUAUUUUUUCGUCCAAGGAUAUGGUCAUCUUGAUUGAAGAAUAUCUAUCCGGUGGGAACUUGUUAUCACGGAUUAAUCAAACAGAACAUUUGGGUGAAGUGGAAAUCAUGGAUUACAUACAUCAGAUCCUUGUUGCGCUGAAGUAUAUGCACUCCAUAAGCAUGGUUCAUGAGGAUAUUAAACCUGAAAAUGUUGUUUUCGCGACCAGAAACAGUAACGUUUUAAAACUUGUCGAUUUAGGUCUCGCCAAAUAUAAUUUAUAUAGACUUGACAUGGCCUGGGGAUACAAGAUCCCAAGAGAGGUCAUCAAACCAGCGUGCGAUAUGUGGCGAGUGGGAGUUAUGACCUAUCGGCUUUUAUUGGCGCUUACGUUACCGAUGACCGCUCCUUCUAGAUACCCCAGCAGAGUAAUGUUGCGUGAAGAUUCAUUCGAUCACGACAUUCAGAAGCUAUUCAAAUUUUCGGCAGCUGCGAAGGAUUUUAUGUUUAACCUGAUUAGGGUCGACCCUUCGCUGCGGUUCACAGCCGAGCAGGCGCUUGCGCACCCGUGGUUCAGGGGCUACACCCCUCCAUUAUGUCAUCGAUUCACAUUCUCCUCGUACCACGAGGUAGUGCGCAGUCGGCUGGAGUAUUUGCUCGAUGUGCAUAUAGCACUGUCCGAGUUGCAAAUGUUCCUGGUCAUAGCUGAGGCCAGUCGGCAACGAGAGGCUACUUUACAAUAUUGUAAUUGA